UCACAAGUUAGUCCAAAAACAAUGGAAAUUCAGGUAAUAGAGACCUUGAAAUUCUACCUACUAGACCACCCUUCCAUAAUAUGGUUCCGAUGGAGCCACACCCAAUCAUGGGGCUCCACGUGGCCAUUUCUAUUUGCGGCCGUCGCCAUCUAUGUUACUACUACACUUACCCUGCAUUUCCUACUAAAUCUUCUCCGGUGCCGCCGCCCCGUCCGCCUCGGCCCCAUCCCCGCCAUCCACAGCCUCAUGAUGUGUGCCGUCUCGGCCGUGAUCUUCUCCGGGAUGAUCCUCUCGGCCGCAGCCGAAGCUAAGGACACGCGCUGGCUCUGGAGGCGCGUGAGAGCCACCCCUUUAGAGUACUUCCUUUGCUUCCCACUAGGAACGCGCCCCUCCGGGCGCGUGUUCUUCUGGUCCUACCUUUUCUACCUCUCCCGCUUCCUCCACUUCCUUAGAACCUUCUCUGCCGUCCUCCGGCUCCGGAAAAUCCCCGUCUUCCGGCUCUUCCACCACUCCAUGCUCCUGAUCAUGUCGUUCUUGUGGCUUGAAUUCUCACAAUCUUUUCAAGUCCUUGCAAUAUUGUUCUCCACUUUGGUUUACAGCAUGGUUUAUGGUUAUAGGUUUUUGGAAGAAAUAGGGUUAGGUUGCAAAGAAGGGUUUUGUUUCAGAAUGAGUGGCCAAAUGGUGGUUUUGGGAUUCAACUUGGUUUGCCAUGUUGGUGUGAUAUGUUUGCAUUUCUUGAGAGGUGGGUGUAAUGGGAUUG